UAUACACUAUAAUUCUAAAAGUAUUGGGAUACCCCUCCAAAUCACUGGAUUCAGGUGUUCCAAUCACCUCCAUGGCCACAGGUGUAUAAAAUCAAGCACCUAAGCAUGCAGACUGCUUCUACAAACAUUUGUGAAAGAAUGGAACGCUCUCAGGAGCUCAGUGAAUUCAAAAGUGGUAUUGUGAUAGCAUGGUACCGUGAUAGGUUGCCACCUGUGCAAUAGGUCCAUCCGUGAAAUUUCCUUCCUACUAAAUAUUCCAUGGUCAACUGUUACUGGGAUUAUAACAAAGUGGAAGCCACUGGGAACAACAGCAACUCAGCAACAAAGUGGUAGGCCAUGUAAAAUGACAGAGCUGGGUUAGCGCAUGCUGAAGCACACAGUGCAAAGAAGUUGCCAACUGUCUGCAGAGUCAAUAGCUAAAGACCUCCAAACUUCAUGUGGCCUUCAGAUUAGCACAACGGUGCAUAGAAAGCUUCAUGGAAUGGGUUUCCAUGGCCGAGCAGCUUCAUCCAAGCCUUACAUCACCAAGUGCAAUGCAAAGCGUCGGAAGCAGUGCUGUAAAGCACACCUCCACUUGACUCUAGAGCAGUGGAGACAUGUUUUCUGGAGUGACAAAUCACGCUUCUCCACCUGGCAAUCCAAUGGAUGUGUCUGGGCUUGGUGGUUGCCAGGAGAACAGUUCUUGCCUGACUGCAUUUUUCCAAGUGUAAAG